CAGGUCAGAGUCGCUUGAUUGUACCGGUCCGAUUUUUGUGGGUCUCUUCCUGUGGUUUCUUCUACUUGUUAUUUUUACAAUGGUCUGUAAAAACGACAUAAUUUGAAGUGAUAAUAAAGUGUUUUCAUUAGAAUACAGCUUUUUAAGUGGUAAAUCAUCAAUAUACAAGAGUAAUAUAACCUAUAAAGAUCAUGGCAGACGAGGAUUUCAGCAAAUUAUUACAACAAGCAGAGCAACUCACAACCGAAAUUGAAGGCAAUGAAGAACUGCCAAGGGUUGAGCGAUCGCUGGGACAAGUAUUAGAAGCUUCCCAAGAGUUGUAUUCGAGAGUUAUACAAUCUGGCGCCAACGACAUUCAAGCGCACUUACUGUUUGGUUCUAAAGGCAUAGAUCUACAGCAAAUAUCUCAGAAGUUAGAGACACUCAGCUCCAAGCGUACAUUUGAGCCAUUGCAACCCAUAGCUGACUCUGACAUUGAAAGUUUCCUAAGAAAUGAGAGAGAAAAUGCUAUAUUAUCACUUAUUGAUGAAGUAAAUAAGAAUUCCUUACAAACAACAGAAGAUCAGAAAUGGGAACAUAUGAUUUCUGAAUGGAAUAGAGAGAAAAUCAAAUUAAUGAAUGCCAUGAUUGGACCAUCUCAGAACUGGCUAGACCUGAAAAGGACACCAGAACCUCCCAGUAUUGCCGAUACACCAAAGAAGUUUGGUCAUUCUAUGCUUGAUGACAUUGAAACAGCAUAUGCAAGACAAGUUCAUCAUUAUAAUAAACUAGUUUUCCAAGGUUCCAAAUCUAGAACAGCAUUACAUCAGAAAUUUGCUCAGGUUGCUGAGGAGUUUAAUGAUUCUAAAGUGAAAGAGAUGUGGGAGAUUAUUAAGACAAUGGCCAACAUUCCAGCUCUGGUAAGGGAUGAAGACCCUCUCAAAGCUAGAGGCAAUCCAACAAUACAACAAUGUCUUAUAGCCCAGGGCAAGAAAUAUUUGGAAAAGAGGUAUAAACAGUACAUGACAGAUGUAGUCCGGGCAAACCCUGCUGCAGCCAUGCGAGGCGGAGAGCCUGGCACUUAUCCCCUUGUCAGAGGAUUUGUUGGUUUGAGACUACAACAGAGUGUUCAGGGCUUGACUGAUGGUGUAAUUGAUGAGCGCCCCCUGUGGCCUAUGGUGUACUAUUGCUUGAGAAGUGGAGAUCCUAAUGCAGCUUUACACUGUUUGAGAAAAGCUGGACGCGAUUACGAAGAGUUCAUUGCAGCUUUAGAGGAACACAUCAAGAGCCCUGAGAAGCCACUCAGUGACAAAUUGCAGACAGCUAUUAACUUCCAGUACAGAAUUCAAGUUCGCAACUCCACCGAUCCUUACAAAAGAGCUGUGUAUUGUAUAAUAGGUUGCUGCGAAGUCAGUGACGAACACUCUGAAGUGGCUCGUACGGCAGACGAUUACCUGUGGCUAAAGCUGUCCAUUAUCAAAAGUCGCCCUGGCAACGAGUCAUCUGAAUCGUUCACAUAUUCCGACUUGCAGAAAAUGAUUUUGGAAGAAUAUGGUGAAACCCACUAUCACGCCUAUGAGAAGCCUCUGGUCUACUUCCAAGUGCUAACUUUGACUGGACAAUUCGAACCAGCUAUCGAAUUUCUAUCUAGAAUACCCAGAUAUCAAGUACACGGCGUCCAUAUGGCGUUAGCUCUUCACGAUGUUUACAUGUUGGGAACUCCACGAAAUGUCCAAGCACCUUUGCUGUCAGUAGAUACGGAUGAUCCCAUACCGCUACGUCGCCUCAACCUGGCGAGGUUACUCCUGUUGUACGUUCGGAAAUUCGAGCUCACCGAUCCCUCUGAUGCUCUGCACUAUUAUUUCUUUUUGAGAAAUCUUAAAGAUCCCAGUGGCAAGAAUCUAUUCAUGUGUUGCUGUACGGAUUUGGCGCUGGAGAGUCGCGACUACGAUUUGUUGUUUGGUCACGCCGACGCCGUCACGGGGCCACGCACUCCCGGUUUGCUAGACCAGUUCAACACUCCCCACAUUGACACUAAGGUCGUCGCACUUAACGUUGCUGAACAACUAGUCAACAAAGGAUUGUUUGAAGAUGCAAUUACUGUAUAUGACAUUGCAGGGAAUCUGGAGAAAGUACUGGAAUUAUUCUGCAUACUGCUUGCUCAAGUAGUAAACAGCGGUGGUGGCGCAGGCGGUUUACGCGAGCGGCUUUCAAUCCUGGCGGAACAUGUUUCACGUAGCCUGCGCUCCGCGGACGCCACUGCCUUACCCGCUGCGUUGGUGGAAGCCUAUACGAAACUUUACAAGCUGAUGACCUUCUUUGAUCAGUUCCAUAAUGAAAAUUAUGAUGCUGCCCUCGAGACUCUUCGCGAAUGUGAACUAGUGCCUCUGAGCCCAAGUGAAUUGGAAAGCCGUGUAAGCGCAGCGCGGUGCGCACGCGGUGAAUUGCUGCGCGCUCUGCCUGCUGUGUUGCGCGCGCUGUGCACCAUUCUGCUCGCGCAACGACAGAAGCUACGUCAGCAACCGCAAGUUCUCGGCGCACCCACAAACAAUAAGCAAGUGGAAUGGCUUCGCACGCAGGCUGAGGUACUAAAUACGUUCGCGGGCAACAUUGCAUACAGAAUGCCCGGUGACACAUACAGUCAGCUUGCACAAAUGCAGAUCCUCAUGCACUGAACAUCGUCAAUUGCCUAAAUUAGUUUCUUAAUACGAUAUAAAAUCCUUAC